CGCAUCCCCGCACGUCACGCCUUCGCUUAGCGCCUCCUCUGGUCCCCUCGUGUCCCCCACACCAUCAAGACGCGGGCCCGCGCCGCCCUGUAUUCCAUCACGACGCCUCGUCUGACAAGCCAUGCUUGCAUAUCGCUUCUAUGUCUGUCGCAGUGAGGUGCGCCUGGCGGAGCCUGUCGUGAGCCGGGGAGAUGGGACCUGGAGGCGCAGCUGGCGGCGAGGCGAGUGUUCGCGCGUGCGUCGCCUCAACGAGCUUGCCCGCCACUGCCCGACUGUUGCUAUUCGCUGGCAUGCGCGCAUGAGCAGAGGAUCGUGCAUCGCGGCGCUCCUCGCGCCGGCUUGCAACGGCGGGAAAGGCAUGUCAGUGCCCUCGAGAGCGACGCAGGCAGGCGGUGGGGGCGCAAACGGUGGCUGCUCUCACGUCUGUGGACGUACAGCAUGACGGCACGGCGGGCGUCGCACGCGUGCAGCCCCCGCCCUUCACGCGCCCGCGCGACGGCCGCAAUUUAUCGGCAGAGGAUCGCUCGGAGCUGGUAUGGGCACUUGAGGGCUUGGCAGUGUGC